UUAAAAUCCUCUGCGUGCACUCCUGUCCGCCGUUCUCUUCUUCCUCACUGCGAGUUGUUGUCCGGAGAUCCCUCAUGGCGGAGCGUGGUGCAGGAGAUCGUGGAGGCUUUGGCCGUGGCUUCGGGCGAGGUCGAGGAGAUCGGGGCCGCGGGGACCGCGGUCGUGGCGGGCGACGUGGCGGGCGACGUGGCGGCGGCCGGCGCGAUGAGGAGGAGAAGUGGGUGCCUGUUACCAAGCUCGGCCGCCUCGUAAAGGAGGGAAAGAUUACCAGCCUCGAACAGAUUUACCUCCAUUCUCUUCCCGUCAAGGAGCACCAGAUCGUCGACACUCUCCUCGGGAACCGCCUCAAGGACGAGGUCAUGAAGAUCAUGCCUGUGCAGAAGCAGACCCGCGCAGGGCAGCGCACCCGCUUCAAGGCCUUUGUCGUCGUUGGCGACUCUGACGGCCACGUAGGCCUCGGGGUCAAAUGCGCUAAGGAGGUCGCCACGGCGAUCCGAGGCGCUAUCAUUCUGGCUAAGCUUUCGGUGGUCCCUGUUAGGAGGGGCUACUGGGGGAACAAGAUCGGGAAGCCCCACACUGUUCCGUGCAAGGUCACUGGGAAGUGUGGAUCUGUCACUGUCCGCCUGGUGCCUGCGCCCAGAGGGGCAGGGAUUGUUGCUGCCCGAGUUCCGAAGAAGGUUCUUCAGUUUGCUGGAAUUGAGGACGUGUACACAUCAUCCCGUGGUUCGACGAAGACCCUUGGAAACUUUGUUAAGGCUACUUUUGAUUGUCUGAUGAAGACCUAUGGCUUCCUCACGCCUGAUCUCUGGUUAGACACUCGCUUCAGUAGAUCUCCUUUCCAGGAGUACACUGACUUGCUCGCCAAGCCUACCAAGGCAAUUCUCAUUGAAAACACUGAGAGGAUCGAAGCUUAAGACCUCAAGCAAUCAGUUUUCCCCUUUAAAUUCUACAAUUUUGGCUAUAUAGAAAGUGAUUCAAUGACUUGGAACCCUUGUUUGUUCAUCUGCUGAAUUUAAUGUAUUGGUUAAGUUUUUUGUGUUUGCAACAAUUUUGUCAUUAACAAUUUUAUCAUUAAUGACGCUCUACUUUUGGCAUCAACAA